AGUGUUCUUUCUGGAGUUCACCGAACUCGCAUUUCCCCCAGGGAGGCUCGGUCAGUCCGGGAGGGAGGGACACUAACAUAGUACAUUUUUCCCUGUGCUACGCGCAAAGUCGUAAAGGAUACAGAAGAAGAAGGUACCAUUUGAAGGCAAUUUGCAAAUCAACAAAAAGUUUCAAGAACAUUACAAAGAAGAGCCUAGCAGUUCUUCAAGACUCCACCCUAAAAGCGAGACAGCGAACUUGUGAGGGAGACCAGAGUCAAUAAAAAUGAGUCAACACUCACGCCUCCACCAGUCGAGCGCUGGCUCUCCCGUAUCCAACGCCUCUCUCUCCCCGGAUAAGGACGCAGACAUGCCCGCUACGGAGAAAGAUCUGGCUGAAGACGCACCAUGGAAAAAGAUCCAACAAAACACAUUUACUCGAUGGUGCAACGAACAUCUGAAAUGUGUGAAUAAGCGCAUAGCGAACCUGCAGACGGACCUGAGCGAUGGACUCCGGCUGAUCGGGCUUCUGGAGGUGCUCAGUCAGAAGAAGAUGUUCCGCAAGUACAAUCAGCGGCCGACGUUCAGGCAAAUGCAACUGGAGAACGUCUCGGUGGCUCUGGAGUUCCUCGACAAAGAGAACAUUAAACUUGUGUCGAUAGACAGCAAGGCCAUCGUGGAUGGGAACCUGAAGCUUAUCCUGGGCUUGAUAUGGACCCUUAUCCUGCACUACUCCAUCUCCAUGCCAAUGUGGGAUGAAGAGGAGGACACGGAUGAUGCCAAGCAGAAGACACCCAAGCAGAGGCUCCUGGGCUGGAUCCAGAACAAGCUACCCGAGCUUCCCAUCACCAACUUCAGCCGUGACUGGCAGUCGGGCAAGGCCCUGGGAGCACUGGUGGACAGCUGUGCUCCAGGUCUGUGUCCAGACUGGGACUCGUGGGAUCAGACAAAGCCUGUGGACAAUGCCCGUGAGGCCAUGCAGCAGGCUGAUGAGUGGCUGGGUGUGCCUCAGGUCAUUACCCCCGAGGAGAUCGUGGAUCCUAAUGUGGACGAGCACUCGGUCAUGACCUACCUGUCACAAUUCCCUAAAGCCAAGCUAAAGCCCGGUGCCCCCCUCCGCCCCAAACUCAAUCCCAAAAAGGCCCGUGCCUAUGGUCCAGGUAUUGAACCCACUGGUAAUGUGGUGAUGAAGAAGGCAGUCUUCACUGUGGAAACCAUCAGUGCAGGCCAGGGAGAGGUUCUGGUUUAUGUGGAGGACCCAGCUGGCCACCGUGAGGAGGCUAAAGUCACGCCCAACAAUGACAAGAAUCGCACUUACUCAGUAGUGUAUGUUCCUAAAGUCACAGGGCUUCAUAAGGUGACAGUGCUGUUUGCAGGGCUGCACAUCUCGAAGAGCCCAUUUGAGGUGGAUGUGGGGAUGGCUCAGGGAGACUCCAGCAAGGUUACUGCUCAGGGGCCUGGCCUGGAGGCUGUGGGCAACAUAGCUAACAAGAGCACCUACUUUGACGUCUAUACUGCCGGUGCAGGAGUGGGAGAAGUGGAGGUGGUCAUUGUGGAUCCCAGCGGCAAGAAGGACAGUGUGGAGCACCAGAUUGAGGACAAGGGCAACAGCAGCUACCGCUGCACCUACAAACCCACCCAGGAGGGCCAGCACGUCAUCUACAUCACAUUUGCUGGUGGCCAGAUCUCCAAGAGCCCCUACACGGUCAACGUGGGCGAGGCCUGCAACCCCAGCCUGUGCAGAGCCAAGGGUCGUGGCUUGCAGCCCAAAGGCCUGCGGAUCAAGGAGACGGCAGAGUUUAAGGUCUACACCAAAGGAGCUGGCACAGGAGACCUGAAGGUCACCAUUAAAGGCCCUAAGGGUCUGGAGGAGCCCUGUAAGAAGAAGGACCUGGGAGAUGGAGUCUAUAGCUUUGAGUAUUACCCCACAACACUGGGCACCUACAUCAUUACAAUCACCUGGGGUGGCCAGCAUAUUCCUCGCAGCCCGUUCGAAGUGAAGGUGGGCAGCGAGGCAGGACCACAGCAGGUGCGAGCAUGGGGCCCAGGGCUGGAGAGUGGUGUUGUGGGCAAGUCUGCUGACUUUGUGGUGGAGGCGGUCGGAGACGACGUUGGCACCUUGGGUUUCUCUGUGGAGGGUCCAUCCCCAGCCAAGAUAGAGUGCGAUGAUAAGGGCGACGGCUCCUGUGACGUGCGCUACUGGCCCACAGAGCCGGGCGAGUACGCCGUGCAUGUGCUUUGUAGGAACGAGGACAUCCAGCUCAGCCCCUUCAUGGCUGAAAUCAUACCGGCGCCAGACAGAGACUUCCACCCCGAAAAGGUGAAGGCCUAUGGCCCAGGCCUCCAGAGCAGCGGUCUGGCUGUAGGGAAACCAGCUGAGUUCACUGUGGAUGCCAAAUUGGGUGGCAAAGCUCCUCUAAAGAUUCAAGCUCAGGAUCGUGAUGGAAACCCAGUGGACAUGCAGGUGAAGGAUAAUGGUAACGGGACAUACAGCUGUAGCUACAACCCUCGUAAACCCAUCAAACACACAGUCAUGGUGUCCUGGGGUGGAGUCAACAUCCCAGAGAGCCCCUUCAGGAUGAAUAUUGGAGCUGGAUGCCAUCCUAAUAAGGUGAAGGUAUCUGGACCUGGUGUUGCCAAGACAGGCCUGAAGGCUUAUGAGCCAACGUACUUUACUGUGGACUGUUCAGAAGCUGGCCAGGGUGAUAUCAGUAUUGGCAUUAAGUGUGCUCCAGGCGUGGUGGGACCAGCUGAGGCUGACAUCGACUUUGACAUCAUCAGAAAUGAUAAUGACACCUUCACAGUUAAAUAUACUCCCCCUGGAGCUGGAAGCUACACUAUCAUGGUUCUGUUUGCUGAUCAGGCCAUUCCCUUGACGCCCAUUAGAAUUAAAGUGGAUCCCUCACAUGAUGCCAGCAAGGUCAAAGCAGAGGGACCUGGUCUCAGCCGCACUGGUGUGGAAUUGAGCAAGCCCACUCAUUUUACUGUAAAUGCCAAGGGAGCAGGCAAAGCCAAGUUGGAUGCUCAGUUCACUGGCCCUAACAAGGCAGAGGCUGUGCGAGACUUUGACAUCAUCGACAACCAUGACAACACGUAUACUGUCAAAUACACCCCAGUGCAACAGGGUAAUAUGGGUGUGAAUGUGACCUAUGGCAGUGACCCCAUUCCCAAGAGCCCAUUUGCUGUGGCUGUGGCUCCUUCACUGGAUCUCAGCAAGAUUAAAGUUGCAGGCCUUGGAGAAAAGAUGACUGUUGGGAAAGACCAGGAUAUUACAGUAAAGUCAAAGGGUGCAGGUGGCCAGGGUAAAGUUGCUGCAAAGGUGACUGGACCAUCUGGUAAACCGGUGGCGUGUAAGGUGGAACCAGGUUUAAGCCCAGAAACCAGCCAGGUCCGCUUCAUUCCCAGAGAUAAGGGACCCUAUGAGUUGGAGCUCACUUAUGAUGGUGCCCCCAUCCCAGGAAGCCCCUUCCCUGUAGAGGCUGUGGCUCCCACUGACCCAUCUAAGGUUCGCUGCUCUGGCCCAGGUUUGGAGCGAGCCAAAGUUGGCGAGACUGGCCAGUUUGUGGUUGACUGCACCAACGCUGGCCCAGCUGAGCUGACCAUUGAGAUAAUCUCUGAUAAUGGCACUGAGGCUGAAGUCCACAUCCAGGAUAAUGGUGAUGGAACUUACACCAUCACCUACAUUCCACUGUACCCUGGAGCCUACACUCUUACCAUCCGCUAUGGUGGACAAGAUGUUCCAAACUUCCCUGCAAGACUCAGUGUGGAGCCAGCUGUAGAAACUAGUGGUGUAAAAGUGUUUGGACCUGGGGUUGAAGGCAAAGGAGUUUUCAGAGAGGCUACCACAGAUUUCACUGUUGAUGCUCGUGCUCUUACCAAAACUGGAGGCAAACACAUCAAGACCUGUAUCAACAACCCAUCUGGCAACCGCACUGAGGCUCUCAUCCGGGACCUGGGAGAUGGUACCUACAAAGUGGAAUACACCCCUUAUGAAGAGGGUCCCCACAGAGUGGAGGUUUCCUAUGAUGAUGCCCCAGUUCCCAACAGCCCGUUCCGUGUGCCCGUGACGGAGGGCUGUGACCCAGCUCGUGUGUGCGUACAUGGUCCAGGACUGCAGGCUGGAAUCACCAACAAACCCAACAAGUUCACUGUGGAGACCCGUGGGGCUGGUACAGGAGGGUUGGGUCUGGCUAUGGAGGGACCCUCGGAGGCAAAGAUGUCCUGCACUGACAACAAAGAUGGCAGCUGCUCUGUUGAAUACAUCCCAUAUGAGCCAGGGACUUAUAACCUGAACAUCACCUAUGGAGGCCAGCCAGUCACUGGAAGUCCUUUUUCUGUGCCUGUCCAUGAUACUGUUGAUCCCACAAAGGUGAAAUGCCAGGGUCAGGGUCUUGGGACCAACGUGCGGGCCAAUGUCCCGCAGGUUUUCAGUGUGGAUGCCAGCAAGGCAGGUGUGGCUCCGCUGAAGGUCCGAGUGCAGGGACCCAAAGGUGUGGUGGAGCCAGUUGAGGUGGUGGAUAAUGGAGACCAGACUCACACUGUGAGCUACGUGCCCACCAGAGAAGGGUCAUAUUCUGUUAAUGUACUGUAUGCUGAUGAGGAGAUCCCACGCAGUCCUUUCAAAGUAAAGGUUCUGCCCACACAUGAUGCCAGUAAGGUCCGUGCCAGUGGCCCUGGUCUUAAUACCACCGGUGUGCCUGCCAGCCUUCCAGUGGAAUUUACCAUUGAUGCAAAGGAUGCUGGAGAAGGACUUCUGGCUGUGCAGAUCACUGAUCCAGAAGGGAAGCCCAAGAAGGCAAACAUUCGUGAUAACCAGGACGGCACUUAUCUGGUGUCUUAUGUGCCUGAUAUGACUGGGCGCUACACCAUCCUUAUCAAGUAUGGUGGGGAUGAGAUCCCGUACUCCCCAUACCGCAUCAGAGCUGUGCCCACAGGAGAUGCCAGCAAAUGCACAGUAACUGUCUCAAUUGGAGGUCACGGUUUGGGUGCUGGAGUUGGUCCUACUAUCCAAAUUGGAGAGCAGACAGUCAUUACAGUGGAUGCAAAGGCUGCUGGGAAGGGAAAGGUGACAUGCACAGUGUGCACUCCAGAUGGCGCAGAGGUAGAUGUGGACGUGGUAGAGAAUGAGGAUGGAACCUUUGACAUCUUCUACACGGCUCCCCAGCCUGGGAAGUAUGUCAUCUGCGUGCGCUUUGGAGGAGAGCAUAUCCCCAACAGUCCCUUCCAGGUCACGGCUUUGGAAGGUGCCUCCCCUGACCGGCUUCUGCAGCAGACCCAGGUCCCGCAGUACGCCUACGCGCCCAACAUGGGCCAGCCAUGGGCGACUGACCGGCCUAUGGGCAUGAAUGGGCUAGAUGUGGCUAGACUGAGACCCUUUGAUCUGGUCAUUCCCUUCACCAUCCAGAAGGGAGAGAUCACAGGUGAAGUAAGAAUGCCAUCUGGAAAAGUGGCUAAGCCAGAUAUAACGGAUAAUAAAGAUGGCACUGUGACCGUGAAGUAUGCUCCCACAGAAGCUGGAUUACAUGAGAUGGAUAUCAAAUAUGAUGGGAUACAUAUUCCAGGAAGUCCACUGCAGUUCUAUGUGGAUUUUGUCAACAGUGGACAUGUGACUGCCUAUGGCCCUGGUCUGAUCCACGGCAUGGUCAAUAAGCCUGCUGUCUUCACUGUCAACACUAAAGAUGCUGGAGAAGGUGGUCUCUCUCUGGCCAUUGAGGGGCCAUCAAAGGCAGACAUUAGCUGCACAGACAACCAGGAUGGCACCUGCACCGUGUCUUACCUCCCUGUGCUGCCUGGAGACUACAACAUCCUCGUCAAGUACAAUGACAAGCACAUCCCUGGCAGUCCCUUCGUGGCAAAGAUCACAGGUGACGACUCCAUGCGCAUGUCCCAUUUGAAAGUGGGUUCUGCUGCUGACAUCCCAUUAGACAUUGGAGAGCUGGACCUGAGCCAGCUGACUGCCUCCCUCACCACGCCCUCUGGUCGCGAAGAGCCAUGCCUACUCAAGAUGCUGCGCAACGGCCACGUGGGUGUCUCUUUUGUGCCUAAGGAGAUUGGUGAGCACCUUGUGAACAUAAAGAAAAAUGGCCGCCAUAUUCCCAGCAGCCCUAUAGCUGUUAUGAUUAACCAGUCAGAGAUUGCGGAUGCCAGCCGGGUGCGUGUGUCUGGCCAGGGUCUGAGCGAGGCACGCACGUUUGAGCCAGCUGAGUUCAUCAUCGACACCAGAGACGCAGGCUAUGGAGGUCUUAGCCUGUCCAUUGAAGGGCCAAGUAAGGUGGACAUCAACACUGAGGAUCAGGAAGAUGGAACCUGUAAGGUCACGUAUUGCCCUACAGAACCAGGAAAUUACAUCAUUAACAUCAAGUUUGCUGACCAGCAUGUUCCAGGCAGUGCUUUCACAGUGAAGGUGACUGGAGAGGGCAGGAUGAAGGAGAGCAUCACUCGCAAGAGAACGGCUGCAUCUGUUGCCAAUGUCGGUAGCCAGUGCGACCUGAGCCUGAAGAUUCCUGAGAUCAACAUCGCUGACAUGACUGCCCAGGUGACCAGCCCCUCUGGGAAGGUGCACAAGGCUGAGAUCAUGGAGGGAGAAAACAACACCUACUGUAUUCGCUUUGUGCCCACUGAGAUGGGUGUUCACACGGUGAGUGUGAAGUACCAGGGCCAGCAUGUCCCAGGCUCCCCAUUCCAAUUCACUGUGGGACCUCUUGGAGAAGGCGGUGCUCACAAGGUCCGUGCAGGAGGCCCGGGACUGGAGAGAGCAGAAGCAGGAGUUCCAGCGGAGUUUAGCAUAUGGACACGUGAGGCUGGAGCUGGAGGAUUGUCCAUCGCAGUUGAGGGGCCGAGCAAGGCUGAGAUUGCCUUUGAAGAUCGCAAAGAUGGGUCCAGUGGUGUCUCCUACAUUGUCCAGGAACCUGGCGAUUAUGAGGUUUCCAUCAAAUUCAACGAUGAGCACAUCCCUGACAGCCCCUUUGUUGUGCCUGCUGCAUCGCCUUCUGAUGACGCCCGCCGUCUUACUGUUGCCAGUCUUCAGGAGUCCGGCUUAAAGGUGAACCAGCCAGCUUCAUUUGCUGUGAGCCUGAAUGGGGCAAAGGGCGUCAUUGAUGCUAAAGUUCACAGCCCAUCUGGAGCCCUGGAGGAAUGCUGCGUCACUGAAAUCGAUGAAGACAAGUAUGCUGUGAGGUUCAUUCCAAGGGAGAAUGGCCUGUACCUGAUUGAUGUAAAGUUCAAUGGCUCUCACAUCCCCGGAAGCCCCUUCAAGAUCCGGGUGGGGGAAAUGGGCCAGGCCGGGGACCCGGGUAUGGUGUCUGCUUAUGGGGCUGGUCUAGAGGGAGGCACAACUGGGUCUCCAUGUGAGUUCAUAGUGAACACAAGCUCAGCUGGUCCAGGAGCACUGGCAGUGACUAUUGAUGGGCCAUCUAAGGUGAAGAUGGACUGUCAGGAGUGCCCAGAGGGAUACAAGGUCACCUACACACCAAUGGCACCUGGAAACUACCUAAUCUCUAUUAAAUAUGGUGGUCCCUACCACAUUGUUGGCAGCCCCUUUAAGGCUAAAAUUACUGGUUCUCGUUUGGUCAGUAGCCACAGCAUGCAUGAGACCUCAUCAGUGCUGGUUGAUCCUGUAGCCCGAAGUAUGGCUUCCAGCCAGCAGGCAGUACCAGGCUGGUCUAGCUCUGAUGCCAGCCGUGUGGUGGCCAAGGGCCUGGGCCUCUCAAAAGGCUUCAUUGGCCAGAAAAAUAGCUUCAGCGUAGACUGUAGCAAAGCAGGAAGAAACAUGCUGCUGGUUGGAGUGGAUGGGCCUAAAGUACCAUGUGAAGAGAUCCUGGUCAAACACCUGGGCAACCGCCUCUAUAAUGUGUCCUACCAGCUGAAAGAGAAGGGCGAGUACAUCUUGGUGGUGAAAUGGGGUGACGAUCAUAUUCCUGGGAGCCCGUUCCACAUCACUGUCUAAUCAUACCCCAGCCAAAGUAGCUGCCAUCCAUACCCAAGACUUUCUACUCAUGUGUCUUAAAGUUAAUUGCAUAAACACUGAAAGUUCUCUUGCUGUCUCACUCAUUGCUCUGUACUGUACUUGCACCCCCUUUUAAUUGGUCUGAUUGCCCUCCUCUAAGACAGCCAGCCUGUUUUGUUUGCCAUGUUCAGUAGUACUGUUUUUUUGCAGGUGCAGGUCAUGGUGGCUCUUGUAUUUGCCAAGGUUUGCAUCAGUGUGUUACUGACUUGUCCCUUACAUGAUAUGGCUGCUACAGUGGGUUUACCUGGUUUCGGAUGCCGCUGUUCUCGGAGCUAAACUAUUGCAGGUAGCAGAAGGGAUAGAAGUAUUGCGUCCUUUAGAAAGGGCACAGGUGUUUGUUUCCCAGUGGGUGACGUUUAGUACUUCGUAAUGCCUUGUGUGCCUUUUACACAACUGAAUUAACACUGGUGCCAGCUUUGUGGGUUAGCCCCAUUUCUUUUCCUUUUUUGUUUGGGUGUGUGAAUCUUCCUUUUUUUUUUUUUUUUUUUUUUAUUGCACUUUUUAGAGCUGAGCAUAGUCUCCCUUUUUGUUCUCACUGUUUGAGUGAGAACAGUCCCAGACAUCGGACUGAAUUCUAUGCCAAGGUUCCAAUAAUUAAAUAAAAGGGCAGUUAAGCAUGAGUUGUCUGUAGGCAUCAUGUGCUGUAGGUGAAACAUAAGGGAGAUGCAAUGUCCAUGAAUUUUUCUUGAUUAAAAAAAAAAAAAGUGCUUAAUGUUUCAACGUUUCUUUGAAAUCACUUGCUGUCAUUCAUCAACCCUUCAGUUCUGUGCCUGUUUUGGUGUAACCAGUAUUCCAGAAUUGAGAACUAAACUUGUCUUUAAAAAGAAACAAUGAAAGUGUUACAGUAUUUUGAACAAUAAAGUUGUCCAACCGGUUUCCUUUCUGACCGUUCAGACAAGCUUGUCUUGUUCAUCUGUCCAUUGAUUUGAGUUUUGACUGGUACAUUUUGCAAACAAAAAUGUGAUGACUGGGUUUUGGGUUUUGCUCCUUAAUGGUCCAGAUUAGCAUAAACUGUUUCAGCAGUUGAAUAAAAUCAGAUGUAUUAAAAUUG